AUGCGGGAACUGCCUUCUACACCCAAUUCUAGGCCUCCUUUACCAAAGCCUCCACUGAAAUCUAUCACUGCCUCUUCUAAGAAACUCCCUUCGACACCUCACCCACAAACCCAUUUCAAUCUUCCUCCUUCUUCUUCCCUUCCUCCUGUACCAAGCUCUAGUAGGCCUCCUUUACCUUCGUUACCCAACUCCCCUCCGCCUCUGCCCGCAAAAUCUCCCUUAGUUUCAUCCGCUCCAUUAUCAAGCACCUCUUCCAACCCAAUUUCAAAGCCAGAGUCUUCGUACACAGCAAAAUCCUUGGCCUUAGGUCUUUCAACUUGCCAUGGAUGCGGUAAAGUUGUUAUUGAGGGUCGAGUUGUAAAUGCAAUGAAUGCUCAUUGGCAUCCAGACUGCUUCAAAUGCGCUCAGUGCGGUGAGGCCUUAGAACACGUCGAAUACUUUGAGCAUGAAGGGAAGCCAUACUGUCAUUUGGAUUAUCAUGAAAACUUUUCUCCUUACUGCUUCCACUGUCAAACUCCAAUACUUGAAGCCAACUUUAUCACAAUAAACGAUGAUGCUUUCACUGAAUCUAAUGGUCCAAGUCGACGACUGUAUCAUUUGAAUCAUUUCUUCUGUGUACAGUGUGGUGACCCUUUCUUGGACCCUUCAAGUGACUUUAAAACGUUGGACAAGCCAUACACCAUGUUUAAAGGUCAUCCAUAUUGUGAGGGAUGUCACAAUAGACUACAUAUGCCUAAAUGCAAAACAUGUGGUAAAUCUGUAACUGAGGAUGCUGUAGAUGCCUUGGGUAGCUUGUUUCAUCUCCAGUGUUUUGUUUGUGAAGGAUGUCAAUUGCCUUUUAAUGAUCAUGCCUUCUUCGAGCAAGUUGGUAAACCAUGGUGCGAGGCUUGCUUCGAUAUUCUCAUACGCAAUCUCGUCUAA